AUGUCAAAUGGAGAGCUUUCUGAUGCCAACUUGGAUUUUGAAAAGCAAGAUUCUGAGGUUCAUGAAGAAAAAACGGAUUGUGAAAUUGAAAAACCAAGCUUAAGUAAAUCUAGAGUGUUAUUGUUAAACGUUUCAUGGUUUGGACUAAACGCCAUGUAUCUUGUGUUGUCUAUAGAAGUUUUUCCGAGUCAAGUACACGCUCUAGUUGGCUCUGAAGAUAAAGGUCAAGUCUUGGGUGCAAUGAUAGCUCUUGGCGCUGUAGUUACAUUCUUUGUGAGCCCUUUAAUUGGCAUGAAAAGUGAUCGACUGGUUUUCAAAUAUGGCCGGCGGAGACCUUUCAUGAUUGCCGGUAUGGGGUUACUUGUUAUAGCCUUGUUCGGGAUGGCUUUCAGCGCCCCAUAUGUGGAAAACGAAAAGGAUAACUCGACUUGUUCGAUUGGAUUGGAAAUCAAAAGAUGCUUGCCGUAUUUAAACCUCACGGUGCUUGAAGAAGAGGAAAGAAAUAACAGCGCAGACGUUGACGUUUUGCUCAAUAUUUUAUCCCAAAAAGACACCGAGGGAAAUGUAGUCAUGUAUGUCAUAUUCUACACAAUGGUCAUGGCGUGCUAUGCACUUGUUAGUGUACCGUAUAACGGUCUCAUUGCGGACUUAACGCCACCUCUACAACGCGGGCUAAGCUCGGGGGUCAUGGGUGCUAUGACAUUGGCGGGAAACAUAACAGGCGCUGCUAUCGGUUUAUUUUUCUUCCGUCUUGGUGUCGUUGGGAUAUACUCAUUGGUCUGUUUAAUAUUCGUAGUUUGUGUGCUAAUAACAGUACUUUGUAGCCACGAAACACCGCUGACAGAGGAGCCCGAAAGCUUGGGUUUCAAAGGGAUAUUUCUCGCUUACUGGGAACCUUUGAAAGACGCCGAUUUUAGAUGGGUGUUUUUGACUAGAUUUCUGAUGCAACAGGGCGUUGCGACUGUGACGGGCUUUCUAGAAUUCUGGUUAAACGAUAUGGUCAGUCUACCGCAUUGCUGGUCCCCAGAAAGAUCCGUGGCAAUCAUUCUUUUGCCCCUGUUGCUAGCUGCUGCGGGCGUCUCAAUUAUAGCAGGAUUUCUAUCAGACGCUUUGCAGCGGCGUAAACCUCUGGUCACGGGUUCGGCGAUUCUCAUGUCUAUAUGUGCCCUGAUAUUCGCUUGUCUCAAAGGCAAGUAUGCGUUUUAUGCAUCCAUACCUGUCGCGGUCGCGUUUGGUGUCGGUUUCGGUGCGUAUUGUGCGAUCGAUUUCGCUUUGGUCAUGGACGUUUUGCCGAAAGAUAAGGACAAAGCGAAAGACCUUGCCGUGUGGCAUCAAGCGCUGGUUCUACCACAAGCCAUUGCUACCCCCAUCGGUGGAAUAAUUUUAGAUGUUUUUGAAAGAUAUGACUGCCACAUGGGGCUAGGGUAUAUUAUAUUGUUUACUGUGACUUCUUUUUACUUUGCGCUAAGUGGGAUAUUUGUGAUCAAGAUAAAAAAGGCGAAAUAA